AAAAGUAAAAGCAUAUUCUAAUACAACAGUAUUCAAACAAUUUACAUUAUAUCUUUGUGAUUCAGUGGAAAUCCCACAAAACUUCUUCCUGGUUUGGCACGGUUUAUUACCUUAAGCGAGGAGUCUAGGUCUUUGUAGACGGAGCUAGUUUUGAAGAAGCGACUGGUGAAUACGUAUAUAGUUCAUAGAAUCAAUUCAGAAAGGGAAGACUUGUUACAUGCACGUGUCAUCUGGACCUGGGUUAACGUUCUUCUGGAUGAAGAGUCGCUCACGGUGACUCGUGGAGGUUCUCAGACGGAUCCAAGUGAUUUAUGAUUCCUUCAUGUAUAUGACUGUAGCUGCAUCGAGUCUUUCUAGCCCCAGAAAGGACCUCACUGGUGAACGGUUAGGAAUAGCGACUUGUUUGUGAUAUGAUCUGACGAUAGUGUAUUACAUUUAAAGAACGCUGAACAGGCCGGACAGUUAUAGGUGAGAGAGUAGCAUUUAACUAUUCACUAGUAUAUUAAACUCAUUAGCUAUGAAUGUCACCAACACCAUGAGUACAGAUGGUGUGUCUGUAGAAGGAAAUACAUUUCACAAUGUAAAUAUCACAACAAACGCGGAGACUGGAUCUACGAUGUCACAAAUCUGGACAACAAACAUGCCAAACACCACAGUCAAUGUUUCUUAUUAUACCACUACAGCAACCACAACACCAGGUCCUGCAGGAGAUGGAAUAAAGGGGUGGCAGAUUGCGUUGAUUGUUAUUGCUGUCAUCGUUGUUCUCAUUGCAAUUGUUAUCGCAUUAAUAGCGGUCUUUAGAAAGUCUAACCGGAGAAAAGGAUGGAUUAGGACAUUCACACGAAGCACUGUAGUACAUGCCCGAACUCAGUCGACAGAAGUACCUGAUAUUCGGUUAUCAACGAGCUUGGAUAAUUUAAAACUACAAAACAGCGAAAUUCACGACAAAGCUAGGCCGACAACAACCGAGAGUGAUGACGAUGCAUUUGAUAUGUGUGGCUCUCGUGGUUAUAUCUAUAAGAACACUCAAAUUUUUUUCGAUGGAAAUUCUGACAUUCAACCCGACAGAGCUUUGAAUGACUUGAGAAAAAAUAAAGCUAAAACCGUUAGGCAUGAAGAUGCAGCCAUGCCAAUUGAUGAAUUGAGGAGAACCUUUGAAGAGAUGUCAAUAGAACAGAAAACAUCAUCGUAUCUUGUGACUCCAAAGUUUGCCAUUGGCCAAUUUGAUCAUAUGGGAGGAACGCUUCAACUUCCAGACGGUACAGGACAAUUGUAUAUACCAAAGGGGGCGCUUGAUGCUCCUCACAAUAUACAUAUAUACAGGGAAUCGGAGGCUCAUUCAAAUGGGAUUCCUGUUUUUGACUGUGGGCCUGAUGGUCUAAAGUUUAAGGUACCUGUAAUCCUCAGAGUCUUGUGUAACUCCCUGUCUUCUCAACAACGUAAUGAACUAUCAACCUUUGUACAAAAAGGAAAUGAUAAGGAUUGGACGAACGUCACAGUGGGGGAAAAUAUGCCUUGUUUCUAUGAUGAGGAAACAAGUACAAUCUUAUUUUUCCUGAACCACUUCACAAGGAUUACUGCCCUAAGUGAAACAAAAUUGAAAAUACCAUCACUCGAUCAACCAAACUUGAAUGAAGACAUUUCUGUUACAACAGCAGGCAAUGAUAUUUGUUUAGGUGCAGAGUCCAUGCCUCAGGCCCAACCCAUCUCGGGUAUUUUUGUUGUAGCUACAUAUGCAGGGGGUAUUGACUCAGAACUCCACACUAUGUCAACAAACAUCUAUAUGAUACCGAUAGAGAACAAGCUCACUAUUAAGGAUGUUGAACUGGAGGAAGCAACGUUUGAUCAUUUUCUGGAUGGACCAACGCUCGAAUUCCCUGCCGUUUAUUCUGAUGGAAAUAUCCUUCUGAUAUGCCAAAAUAUAAUUGACUGUCUUUUACAGAGUUCAAAUGAAAAGGUCAUCAGCAUUCGAGCUUUGCAGUUGACGAAUAAGCAGAGAGCAACUUUCUUCUUCAAACAACAAGGAAAUGUGAUCACUCCAAGAGCUGAGAUCGUUGCGCAGCAAAAUAGAGAGACUCUUCUAGAUAUACCAGUUAAUCUUAAUAUUGACGUGGUUGCUGCUCAACGUAGAUUGGAGAGGAAAUAUGGUGUAGGGCAUGAUAAUAGCAACGAUCCUGCAAAGAUUCGUGCUUUCCUAAAGGGCCAAAUACCCAUGGUUAUUCCGAGAAUUCAAUCGCAAGAUAGUCCCAUUGAGGAAUUGGGUGCGUGUUCCCUACCACCAGGCCAAGGAGAAUGGAUUGACAACCAUCCAGUGCUUAUGAGAUCAGAUCUUAAAAGUGAGAAAGGAGCUUGGCGCUCUAAAAGAGAGGCUACUGAGCACAAUGAGUUAACUGCAACCGAACAUGACGACAGAGAUCACCAUGGCAACCUGAUAAGACCAAAUGAAAAAAAACCAGCGCAACAUGAUGAUGUGUACAAGGACAUAAGUGGAGAUCCUACUUCAGAUGAAUUAUAUGUUGGAAAACGAAAAGAAGACAAUAAUGGCAACAGUAAAUGGACACAAAUUAUUCCUGAGAAAGUUGGUCAAAUAAGAAGCAUUGUUGUUGAGGAGUCGUAUCCACGAACUCCAUGCGAGUCAGUGUGCACAGAACCACCAAGUUCUAAUCAAUCCGCGCCACGGGCCCAUCAGCCAUCUACAAUGCAGCUGGCAACUAUAGUAGACGAAACUAAACAAACGCAAAUGUCUUCAAUUGAGGAUAACUCUCGACGUGAACCGAAAUCAUCUUCAAUGAUGAGCGAACCAGCUUCCAAUCCUAUAGAUAAUAAUGAGGGAAGUGAUCAGCAGAACAACAAUACACUCGAAUUGCAGAGUUUGCCAACUAAUUGA